AUGAACACAACUAACAAAUAUCCGCAAGCAACUAUUAUACCAAGAGUCAAUGAUUUGCCUGCAAUCGUAACCUUGCAAUCUUGCGACCUUGCGAGCAGCACGUUGAAGCUUGACGGCGCGCCGCCGUCUAUUACGAUUUCUGCAGAGCCCUUUGAUCCUACCCCGAUUUACGCAUUGGAGGAGGCCAUGGCAAGGAUUAAGCAGAAAUUAGCAAUUGGGAAAAUGCCGGAGAAGAAGAAAGAACUAUUAUCAGCCAUUUUCAAGGGGAAGGUUUGA